AUGGGGUUAAAGGCACGUUGGGUGCAGCGACAACACCUUCCCGAGACCCUUUUAGAUUCCUUCUAUCUGGAGACAACACGGGGGACUGAAACCCCCACAGCUGAAACCCCCGCAGCUGAAACCCCCACAGCUGAAACCUCCACAGCUGAAACCUCCACAGCUGAAACCCCCGCAGCUGAAACCCCCACAGCUGAAACCUCCACAGCUGAAACCCCACAGCUGAAACCCCACACUGAAAACCCCACAGCUGAAACCCCCGCAGCUGAAACCUCCGCAGCUGAAACCCCCGCAGCUGAAACCCCCGCAGCUGAAAUCCCCACAGCUGAAACCUCCACAGCUGAAACCCCGACAGUUGAAACCCCCACAGCUGAAACCUCCACAGCUGAAACCCCCCACACUGAAACCUCCACAGCUGAAACCCCCACAGCUGAAACCCCUACAGCUGAAACCUCCACAGCUGAAACCCCCACAGCUGAAACCCCCACAGCUGAAACCUCCACAGCUGAAACCCCCACAGCUGAAACCCCCGCAGCUGAAAACCCCACAGCUGAAACCCCCGCAGCUGAAAUCCCCACAGCUGAAACCUCCACAGCUGAAACCCCCACAGCUGAAACCCCCACAGUUGAAAACCCCACAGCUGAAACCUCCACAGCUGAAACCCCCACAGCUGAAACCCCCAUACUGAAACCCCCACAGUUGAAAUCCCCACAGCUGAAACCCCCACAGCUGAAACCCCCACAGUUGAAACCCCCACAGCUGAAACCCCCACAGCUGAAACCCCCACAGCUGAAACCUCCACAGCUGAAACCCCCACAGCUGAAACCCCCACAGCUGAAACCCCCGCAGCUGAAAACCCCGCAGCUGAAACCCCCGCAGCUGAAAACCCCACAGCUGAAACCCCCGCUGCUGAAACCUCCACAGCUGAAACCUCCACAGCUGAAACCCCCUGAAAUCCCUACAGCUGAAACCUCCACAGCUGAAACCCCCACAGUUGAAACCCCCACAGCUGAAACCUCCACAGCUGAAACCCCCACAGUUGAAACCCCCACAGCUGAAACCUCCACAGCUGAAACCCCCAUAGCUGAAAUCCCCACAGUUGAAACCCCCACAGCUGAAACCUCCACAGCUGAAACCCCCGCAGCUGAAAACCCCGCAUCUGAAACCCCCACAGCUGAAACCCCCGCUGCUGAAACCCUUACAGCUGAAAUCCCCACAGCUGAAACCCACACACUGAAACCCCCGCAGCUGAAACCCCUACAGCUGAAAUCCCCACAGCUGAAACCCCCACAGUUGAAACCCCCCACAGCUGAAACCCCCACAGCUGAAACCUUCACAGCUGAAACCCCCACAGCUGAAACCCCCACAGUUGAAACCCCCACAGUUGAAACCCUCACAGCUGAAACCUCCACAGCUGAAACCCCCGAAGCUGAAACCCCCGCAGCUGAAAACCCCGCAGCUGAAACCCCCACAGCUGAAACCCCCGCAGCUGAAAACCCCGCAGCUGAAAACCCCGCAGCUGAAACCCCCACAGCUGAAACCCCCACAGUUGAAACCCCCGCAGCUGAAAUCCCCCGCAGCUGA